ACACACAGAAGAAACUCAUUCACACACACACAAUUUCAUAAAAACAAAAAAAAAACAGUUUUCUGCAAGUAAAGAGAGAUCAUAAUCAUUAGUAACUGAUGCAGGCUGUGAGAAGGAUCCCAUCAGGAGAAGGUGCAGAGAUGCGUGGAAGAUCCGAGACCAACCGGGUCAGACGUAAGAGUCACGGGUCAAGUCUGAGAGUUCGACAGCCUUGCACGUGUUCAGGACGGCCUGGCUCUGCCAAGUGCGUGCGCCACGGGUUUAUGGUGCCAAGCAACGAGAAGCUUAUGCGAAAGGCGAGUGACGGAAGCAGAGAGGUGUUGAGAAGAGCUUUGACGCCUCCGAUCCGGCGGAUGAAUCUCCGGUGGUUGAAUUUCCGGCCAACACCUAGCCGACUCUGUAAAAUGUCUUCCGUUUGAGUUGAGUUUUUUUUUUUGUUUGAUUU